CCGUUACUUCGCUCGCGUCGAGGAAAAGCGAAGCCAGCUGGCUGGUCUGAUCGAGACAAGUGAAUCCAAGCUCACUCGCAUCGCCGCUACGACAUGUCCAAAUCAAUACGCCUCGUCCAAACCGUGGAAUCGGAACGCAAACCCGGAGACGGAGUCCACCUUCUGUCAUUACGCCAGAACAGAUGUAGACGAACUCCGCCACGAAUGCGACAAAACGCGGGGGCCGAUGCGGAGUCCAGCUGCAAAUAGUCGGGUCUCCGUCUGCAGUAUCUGGCAAGCACACGAUCUGGUGGCAAAUAGCGGAGGUUCGUGGAUGUUUAAGCAGGAUACUACGGGGUCGUUCAAUCUGGAGGAGCUUUUAAGGCUAACCAGGAUAGAAACAUUGCAUUUAUUGGUUGAUGAUCCUGGAUCAUAAGCAUUUCCGCACACGUCUCUUACUUCGGAGUACUUAAUGAAUGUAAAGUAGUUCUCUCAUGCUCUAUUACUGUGCUCUCCGUUUCACAGCUUAUGCCUAGCUGAAUGGCAUUCAUACUAAAUAGUACACCCGCAAGACCCUCCCAUCAAAACCACGCCCAACACUAAGACCGCACCGACAAAGCUCAGCUCUGCAAUCGCAUUAUUGUAACAAUAUCGCGGGUCCAUGGGUUGGGCAGGAUAGGUCGAGCGGCCCAAAUGCGGAAGGCUUGCAACUUGUCGCAGCUGUUGCUCCGGCGUCGUUGCUUUUGCUGUGGAAUACUGAACGCAUAGCACAGGCAAAGCAGGUGGGGAAUGGAAGACUGUCGCUGCUCGAGGCAUAUCAGAAUUUCUGUCAUUCUUUUGUGUUUGACUUCUACCUGAAAAAAUACAAGAUACAGCAGGAUAUUGGUAACGAGCAAGCAGAAGUCGCGCGGAAGGCUUGGUGUGACGCGCCAAGCGUUGGGCUAGUUCAACAAAUUUUUCAAGAGACAGUAGGGAAGAGUCUCCGUUUUUAG